CUUUAUCUCUCUCUAUUUCUCUGUAUUGAAUUGAGAAAACAAUUCCUCUCAUUCUCUCUCUAUCCACAGCUCUGCAAAAACCUCAUAAACCCUUCUUUUCUUUUUCAAAGCUCUUUUCUUCAAGGUGAGUCUUUUUGUCCGAGUUGGAAUCGGGAUGGAAACUCAGCUCCCCGACGAUUUCAGGUGCCCUAUUUCACUUGAGAUAAUGUCUGACCCGGUUAUCCUUCCAUCGGGUCACACCUUCGACCGGGUUUCAAUCCAACGGUGGCUAGAUUCCGGUCACCGGACUUGUCCGAUUACCAAACUUCCAUUACCUGAACACCCUUGUCUUAUCCCAAACCAUGCCCUCCGUUCCUUGAUUUCCAACUAUACCCUCGUCUCUCCUUCCAAGUUACAGCCUUGCCCUCAACCCCAAAUCCUCAUCUCUUCUCUAACCUCUCAAUCAUCCCAUGUCGGUACCAAGCUUAACUCGCUCACCCAUCUCGUUCGACUCACUAAGCACGACUCGGGAUUCCGCCGUAAACUAACUGAGUUGGGUGCAGCCCCUGGUGUUCUCAAGUGUGUUGGCUCAGAUGAUCCGAGUUUACAAGAAAAGGCACUGUCUUUACUCCUUAAUCUCAGUCUUGACGAUGAUAACAAAGUGGGCUUAGUCGCUGAAGGUGCUAUUAACCGGGUUAUCAAAGUUUUACGAUUCGGGUCACCCGAUUGUAGAGCCAUAGCUGCAACGAUUAUAACCAGUUUAGCCGUGGUGGAAGUUAAUAAAGCAACAAUAGGAGCAUACCCAGAUGCAAUUCAAGCAUUGGUUUGGCUUUUAAUUUCAGGUAAAGGAAGGGAAAAAAAAGAAGCAGCAACAGCUUUGUAUGCAAUUUGUUCAUUUGCUGAUAAUAGAAGAAGAGCUAUAGAUUGUGGGGCAGUACCAAUACUGAUUAGCUUAUUAGAUUCAGGCUUGGAAAGGGCUAUUGAAGUGUUGGGAUUAUUGGUUAAAUGUAAAGAAGGAAGAGAAGAGAUGAUGAAAGUUAAUGGGUGUGUUAAGGUUUUGGUUUCUGUUUUAAGGAAUGGUAGUUCAAGAGGUGUUCAAUAUGGGUUAUUUACAUUGAAUUGUUUAUGUACUUGUUGUGAAAGGCUUUGUUUUGAAGCUAUAAAUGAAGGUGUUGUGGAGAUUUGUAUGGGGUUAAUGGAAGAAGAGAAUGAGAAGAUAAGGCGAUAUACUUCAAGUUUGGUUCAAACUCUUAGAGAAAAUCAUGCUUUUGGGUGAAAAGAUUGAAGCUUUUUUCGAGUGUUUGGCAAUGGAGGUGAGUCGUUGUUUUAGUUCAUUUUGGUUAAUUAGGGAUAGUUUUAGGGUUAAAAAAAAACAAAAAGAUUAGAAUUUUGUAUUUAUGUAUAUCUGAAUAAAAGGGUAAACAUGGUGGAAAGGGAGGGUUUUGUUGUUCUUCCAUGGUUAGAUGUUGAGGUGAACAAAAAAAAAAAAUUGUUACUUCAAAAUUUUUGUUCUUAAAUGAUAAUUGUUUAUUGAAUUAGAA